CGGACGCACUCACGCACCACGCAUAGCAACACGGGCGCAGGGUGUCCGCGUCGGCGGCGGUCAUCGGCCGCCCGGAAAACACACCCCCGCGUGACUUGCGAGGGUUGGCUGUACCGUGGGCGCCCCGCGCUACCGCCACCGGCCACACUGUCAGGGCGAUUCACCACCGCCCAUGUGGUUUGUACCAGUGAACGCACUACCACUUAUCGCGGGCACUUCCUUUUUCGUUGGUCGUACUAGGUUGUAGAUUUUAUUUUCUUUCGGGCUUAUGCAUAUAUAUAUGUAAUUUUUUUCGUCUCCUCUACGCACCCCCCGCCUUGGACACUCUCGCGCGCACGCACACGUACACGAAUCGCACGACCGGCGCGCUCUCAUAAACGCAAAUGCGCGCACACGCACGCGCGACAGUGAUAUUAUAUUAUUAUUAUUAUUAUAUUAUAUAUUAUUAUUAUUAUUAUUCGCUAUUAUAUUAUUAUACACACACUCGCACACACGCGCACACAAAUACGCACACGCGCGCGUACACACACACACACAUGUACAAACACACAGACGCACACACACACCCGCGCGCGCCACAAGACGUUAUCUUCAAUCGCGCAUUGGGUUUUUGUUUUCGACCAUUUCGUUUUUAACGCUGUGCGACGUCCGACGACGUUCUUGUACUAAUAAAAAUAUCUUGUCGCGGUAAUGAUAACUUACGACAACCGUUCGUUCUCAACCGCACACUACACACACGAUCCCUCGGGUGUCCGUCAUUUAUAACGUUUCGUGCACGGUGUACCUAGUGUCAGGUCCCGUAAAACUAUUAUUAUUAUUAUUAUUUCGGUACGUCGUCCCUCGCUUCCGCUGAGCAUCGAGAGGAGCAGCUUUACGCACGGCUACCGUGGAUCGCGCGCGCAUUACCGUUUCGCCGAAAAUGUCGUAGCCGCCCGCUCCGCCACCGCCAUAAUCGCCGCUGCACCUGUUGUAGUAGCGCGGCGACAGACAGACGUAUUAUAGACAGCUACCUAUAUCAUCGUGUCGUCUGACAUGUCACCUCACCGUUGAUUCGGUCGCACGAUUCAGAUGAUUGAAAAUCAUAGAUCAAUUGAAUGUAUUAUGUAUCCAGAAAACAAAAUGCUGUCAUCAACUUAUUGUGCUGCAGUUGAAAUGUUUGAGUCAGUAAAUAAAGAUACAAAAAAGGAGUUUAAUAAUAGAGCACUCAAUUUAUUAACCGCAUGGGAGAAGAGUAAUACUUUAAUAUUUGCUGAGUCCUUUGCCUCUGAAUUACAUAUUUUUAUGCAUCAAGCCACCAGGGAAUCUGCUAUAUUAUUUUUGGAUUUCCGCUGGGAAAAUAUUUCAACAAAAGUAAAUAAAGCCAUAUCUAAAGCUUUGAGACAAAUUAUGAAAGGUUUAAGAAAAUUGGAUCCAAUACAAUCAGAAGCAACAAAUUAUUGUCAAUGUUUGUUGUCUUUAAUGAAAAAUCCAUGGGGUCAUCGUAAUUUUUUGAAAUUACUUUGUGGAAAUCCAUCUCACAGAGAAGUUUCAAAAUUUAUCCAGUUCGAAAAUGGUUGUAUUUUUGCUCAGCGCUUAAGAAUGCUUUGUGAGGGAAAAUGUGAAGAUAAAGCACUUAAACUAUCAUCAUUGGCAAUGAAUUUGCAAAACUCGAAAUUAAAAUCCAAAUAUCAGUUUGAAGAACAAGAUUAUGAAUUCAUUAGGGAUAUUUAUUAUGCAUGCCUUGAAAGGACAAAUAAUAAAAAGGAACUUAUUAGUCAAUUAAUGAAAUAUUCUCCUGAAAAUGAUGGUAAAAUCCUAAUGGAAAAUUAUUGUAAAAAGAUUCAGAAACUUACAAAUAUGCAAAAAGAAAUCAGACCAAGGAUUUGUAAAAAUAUGGUACUUGUUUGUGAAAUGGCUGCUUGCAUCAUGGUUGUAAAUUCAUUGAAAAAUUCUAAUAUUUUUGAUAAUAUUGCUGACUUUAUAAAGAAGUGGAGUCUAAUAGUGAUAACAUUGAUGGAAACUGAUUUGCAACCUGAUAAUAUAAGUUACGACUAUAUAAAAAAUAUAAUUCGUACAUUUAUUAAUGUUGCACCAUCUGCUAAUCAUUUAUACCUAAUAUGCGAUGUUCUUUAUAGUGAAUUUGGUUCUAAAUUGCCUCGUACGUUGUAUAUAGAAAUAUAUAUCAAAGCGUUAUCCACUAAUAUAAAUGAAAAAGAAAAAUGCAAGCAAUUGAGUGAUGGAGAUGGAUCAUUUGAAUCAUUAAAAAAGUUAGUUCAAGGGUAUUUGAAAUUGGCUAAUCUACUUGAAGAUAUUUUAAGCAUAUGCCGAGAAUGUGUACUAACGGCAUAUUCUUUAAUGCCUUCCAGUGAUCUAAUGAUGAGAGUAGAAAGUUUAGCUGUCAAAAGUGGUAAGUUGACUCCAAUAGAUCUAACUAAUGUUCCUGAAAAUUCCUGUGGCAAAUCUAAAAAAGGAUCUACUUCAAAUCUUAAACCUGGUCGCAAACGUAAAUCAAAAGCCUGUAAAUCUGAUAAAAACCCAAAAUCUAUUCUUGAUGCUUCUGAAAAAUGUUAUUCCAAGAUCCAUUCUGACCUUAGUGAAUUGAAUGAUCCAUUAACGCCAGUCAUGCAAGAAGACCUUAUUUCAAUUAUCAAGUACCCUCGUUAUGGGACAUUCAAUUGGAACCUAGGAUGGCCAAGAAUGAAAAUUUUAUGUCAACAAUAUUUAGAAAAUUUGGAUGUAGUGUUAAAGCGAAAUACACUUAAACGUUCUGAUUUAACAUAUCUUGAUAUUGAUAUUGAUGAAUAUAACAAGUGGACAGAAAUAAAUAUGAGACAAUUAACAAACGAUAAAGGUUAUUUUAGCAGUGAUUUUAGUGAUUAUGAAGAGUCAAUAGCAUCAAUUGCUUCAUCAGGAGAAAUUGUAAGUUAUUGUACGAAUAAACCAUCCAAGAGUUGUUCUCGGAAACGAAAAGUUGGUUUACGUAAACGAAAGGCUGGUUCUCAAAAACGGCGCAAGGUUAGUCCUAAAAGUAAACCAAAAUCCAUUAUUACUCAAACACAACCUAGAGUUGGUUUGCGGCGAAGCUUAAGAUACAAUAAAAGUAUAAGUAUUGAUGAAACUGAUGAUUCAACUGUUGGUUCCUUGUUAAAUGAUGAAGCUCAAUACAAAGAUACAAAUUCUAAUGAUGAAAUUGAAGAUGAUUCUGUUGAUUCUGUUCUAGAAGAAACCCUCAUAGGAACUAUAAAAAAUGAUGGAUUGCCUGUAAAAUUUAAAAAUCAGCUUAAAUUAACACGAGAAAAAAGGACUGUCAACAAAAAUCAACACAAAGACUUUGACUAUUCAUGGUCUCUCAGAAAAAGAGGAAAAUCUAUUAAAAAUGAUUUAUUGAUAAAUGAGGCACUUGAAAACAAUAAAAUCGAUUCAAUAAGAAAACCAUGUAAUGGUGACCAAACCAAAAGCUACUCUACUAAUUAUGAACUUCCACAUUCCAGUAAUGAACAUUUAAAUAUGUUAUCAGAACGAAUACCUCAAUUAAGUUCAUUAGAUUUCAUAAUACCAGCAAAUACAGAUCGCAUUGUUAAUGUAGUACAAAUUCAAACAACAUCAAAUACUCUAACAAAUGUAUCACAAACGCAAACAGAAAGAGUUUCAAAUCAUCAUUCUAAUAACGAAUUAGAAAAAAAAUCUAGUGAAAACCAAACUAACACUCAUCCGUUGGAUAAUUUUGUUUCUGUGUAUCAAUCUAAUUCGUUAAAUAAUAGCAUGAACUCUGUUCAAAAUGUUGGAAUUCAUCAAGGGGAAUGUAGUUUCACUGGUAGUGUAUCUGUAAGCAAUCAAAGGAUUACUACUGAUUCAAUUACAAAUGUUCACAAUACUGUUCAGCAAGAUUCAAGUAAACCAAUUGGGACACAGGAUGUAUUGUUGAAUCAAAAUCAAAUUAACUUGGAUCAUCAACAUUGGAAUGAUAUUCAACUACAAAAUUCUGGAGAGCGAUUACAAUCUAAUAUUGAAAGUGCUGUACAUUUAUCCUCAAAUGUGAUAGUUCGAACAUCUGAUGUUAUGAAUCCAAGUCAUGUUACUCAAACUACUGGACAAAUGACUUAUACUACAAAAAAGCCAUCUACUUAUUGUGUUAAGACACGAGACCGAUUUAUUGAUUUAUCAUUGCCAGCAUCAAUUUCUUCUAUAUCAACCAACAGUAAUCGUUCUACAAAUAUACCACUAGCAAUGAGCACAAACAAAUCAAACUUUGACUCAAAAAUUCAACAAAAUUCUCCAAUUCAAACAUCAGUUGGCUUGCAAGUCAAUUUCAACAAUCAACAAUCUGACGGUAUACAAAGUAUUAUGUCCCCGAACGAUCAAGCAACACAAGUAGGUACCAACAUCACAGACAAUUCAACUUCAACUAAUAUGUCUUUAUUAAAUGAUCAAAUAAUGAAUUCCGCAAAUAGUAGAAUAAACAAUUGCUCAAUUGUAAAUACUUCAUUUAUGAAGGAAAAUUCAUUUGAUAAUUUAAAAUCAAACAUUCCAAUGAUAAAUCCAGUUUCAAGUAUACAGACUCAAACCUGUGUUGGUUUACGGCUACCUAAUGAAGUUUCUCAUCCUAAUGCUUCAGUUAUAUCUUUGAUGAUUGCUUCAACUCAAAGUCAGGUUAUUAAGUCCAAUGUACAUAAUUCAGUUUAUACAUCUCCACAUAAUCAAAGAAUGCAGCUGAAUGAUUUAAGUCAUACUUCUCAAACAAAUAGAUCUGAAGAACAAAAAAAAAUUGACAAUCUGAAAUUAAUAAGCCAAACAUUUACUGCUACGUCAGAAGCAAUUAAAUUUGUUACCAGUAGUACAGAAUCGCAACGUCUUAUUCAAAGUACAGAUAAGAACAGUACAUCAAAUCUUGCUGUUUUUCAAAAUUCUUCAGAAGGUGUGUCGCAUAUCAGCCAAGAAAAUGAUUUAAGUUCUAAAUCAUCCACUAGGGGACGAGGUAAUAUGAGAACUUACGAAAGUAAAACUAGAGCUCUUAAACAAGCUAACAUGUCUGAUAUGUUUGUAUUUGAGAAAGGAACAUUAUAUGCAGUUCAAGACGAUAUUGUUAGUCAUAUAGAACCUACCAAAUCGGUUAUCUCACCCAGAAAUAAUACUUCAAGUAAUGUGAAAAUGCAAAAUCGACAGUCUAAAGAAUGUUUGGAAAAGCCAAAACUUUCCCCAAAUGCCUCUCCAAAUAUCACAAUUACAGGCUCAAUGUUACCAAGAUUUCAACAAGUUUUCGGUAAAACUAAAUUUCCGAAUUCAACUGUUAUUAAUGACACUUCAUCUCUGUGUUCAACUAGUGCGGCAAGUAAUCUCUCUUCAAAUCUUGGGCCAAUUGUUAAUCGGACCAAUAUACCAACGUCGCGAGUGUAUUCGUCUUCAAAAGGUGUACAGACUAAUCAUGAUGUUGAUACAAUUAGCUCUAAUAUGAAUUGUAUACCAUCAAAAGUAGUAGAAAAUAAGCUUCAGCAUACUGUUAAUAUGUCAAAAUCUAGUAAUGUUAUGGCGAUUGGAAACAACAAAAACAAUGUUAUAAUGACAUGUAAAGCCGUCACUUCUGCGAACAAUAUCCCACAAGUUUCAGCCUCAUCAUCUACUCAUCAAAUUCUUACUAGCAACAUUGAAAUUAAAAAAGGACUCUCUAGUAUGCCUAUUUCAAAAGUUCCAACUACAUUUACCACUAGUUGUAUAAAUUCAUCAAUAGCAUCAUCUAGUUCUAAUUUAAUAUAUUCAAUUCCUAUACUAAAUGACUCUAAAUCUACUAAUAGUAAUAUAGAUAAACCUUCACAAGGUGUAACACAACUACAAAGACAACUUAAGAUGUCCCCAUCAAUAAUCCAAACAGUGUUACGGAAACAUCCUACUUGGCAACAAAAUAGUUUUCGUCAGGGUAAACAAAGUACAGAAGUACAGACAUCCUCAAUAGAAAGGAUUUUACCUGCAAGUGUGGCAAAUAUUGUCAAAACUACUAUAGAGUCUUCAAAUAAUAAAAUAUCGAUAAGUACUAUUAAACCAAAUCUUCCAGAAACCAAUGUUAGCACUUUGAUGAUGGAACAAGUAAGGGAGUUUGAAUCAGUAUUAGAAGAAGUACGGAAAACUUCAUUGAUGAAUGAAAUGAGUACAGCCAGUAUGUUACCACAAAUAAAUCAUGAAAUAAUACAAAUUCCUUCUCCUACAGAAAAUGUUGACUUACUUAAUACUGAUAGCAAUCAAACAUUAUUUCCUUUGAAUAAAAAAUCAAAUAUAAAUAGUGAACGAGAUCGUUGUUCAUUUUCAUUUUUGAAUCAAACAUUGUCAAAUGUAAAUGAUUUGGCUAGUGAUGAUAAAGAACUAGUUACCAUACAACCAACUAUAAUUUCAGUGCGAAGUGUUACUCCCACACCCCCCUUAACAUCACCUAAUAACAAUGUGUCUGUGAAUCCAGUUGAUUCACAGUGUGCUAAACAGCAGAUUGCAAAUAAAGUAAAACCUGUUAUUAAGACACCAGCAAGUUCUCCAUCAACUUCAGCUGUAAAAGUUCCAGUUUUGCAAAAACCUUUGCCCAAAUUACAAGAAGAUGAACAAACAACUCAGCGAAUAUAUGCAAUACUUGAUAAAUAUGCUGAACAACUACGUAAUUCGCCAGAGUUGAAAAAUAAACCCGCGCCUAGACGUAGAACCAAUCCACCAACAAAUCCAAGCCUGAAUGCCAAACGUAAAAAAACGAAUCAAUUAAAUUUAAAAACAUGCUCUCAACAAACAUCUUGCUCAUCAUCUGGUAUGGAAAUGAGUCCUACGUCAGAUAUGCAAGCUAUUGACAGUGAGGAUAGUUCUAAUGCUGUUAGUCAUUUUUCACAUAUUAUCAAUUCUCCAUCCAGAAAUUCAGAUGAACAAUCUACAGUGAUUUCAGAAACACCUUUAAUUGAAAAUGCAUUAAUUAAUGUUAAUGAUGUUAUUAAAAAAAUUAAUAUUGAAGCUGAAAUGAAGUCUAAAGUUUCUCAAUCCACCCAAAUUGUUGUAAGUGGUACAUCUGGAUCUUUUUUAUCUAUACCUGAUGGUAAUGCAGCAAAUGUUAGACUUCUUGUUGCAGCAGGGAAUAAUCAAAAAAUGUACAGAUUGCAUUGUCCAGUAACUGGACCAGGACCUGUAGUAUUUCAUCAAAUUACCGCUAAAGAUUCUUGCUCAAAUGAUGUUAAAAUGGCUUCUAAUAUAUUAGGACAGAACAUUAGUGAAUCAACUAUCUUAUCAGCUUUAUCAGCUGAUGAUUUACAAAUUGCAAAUACGAGUUUAGGAAGUGAAAUUUUACAUAAUACUUUACAAAACUUUGAUCAUAAAAUAAAUAAACCUGAUAUUCUUUUGGAGUCAAUGGAAAAAGCUCAAGUACUUGAUAAUAAUGAAAAACAACUGUCAUUUCCAGUUAUGAAAAAAAAUCAAGCAUCUCAAAGUACAUUUAGUGUCAUACAUACUCUACCAUGUACACCGAAAUCAGAACCAACUGAUAAUAAUGAAUUAUUGACUGAAGCUCAAAAUAAUAUUUCAGAAAGUAUUCAUAAAGACUAUCGUGAUAAUGGACAAAAUACUAACAUGAACCAAGAACAGAUAAAUAUCUCUAAUAUGAAUCAAUUUGUUAAUAAACAUGAAAAAUUAAGUACAGCUCUUAAAAAUGAGUCUUCUUAUGAAGAUAUUGAGUUUCCAUCAUUUGACACUCAUGAAGAAGAAGAAGAAGAAACCGAUGAUAACUUGACCAUUAUUACUAAUACAAAUAGCCAACAAAAUACAUCUAAUUCAGAUGAAAACAAAUUGGAGAGUACAAAUGUUAAUCAAACUUUGGUUAAUUGUUUGAGUGACAAAAAAGUAUGUAAUAAUGUAAAUGAUGAGCAUGUUGUGAGGUGUGAGGAUGGUACAAUAGUCAAGCAAGAACACGACACAUGUGAUACUACUAUUGAAGCAAGACCUAAUAUUUUAGAACUUGCGAGUCCUAAAAAAGUAGAAGGGAACAAAUCAAAUAUAGUGUUGGACAAUGUUGCUGCUGCUUCAGCUGCUGAAAUAAUUUCAACCGUCACUCAAACAUCAAAUUCUUAUAAACAAAAAGAUGAAUUUUCACUAAAGGCUGUUAAGAUUGAGUGUGAAUCAGAAAAUGAAAAUGAAAAUACAUUAAGUAAUACUGUGUAUAAUAUGCUAGAUAAUCAGUCUACCAACAAUACUCAUACAAAAAUUGGAUCAUUGACGCUCAGUUUAAAAAAUGACAAAUCAGCACAAAAUUGGAUUAAUUGUUUAUCUAAAAUAAUGCUACCAGGAACUGAAAAAAUGUUGGAAGGUGAAAAUUUAAAACGAUUGCAGGAAUCAUUUCAACAUACCAAAAUUAAAACUUUUAAAGAUUUGAAAGUAUUUGUAUUUGAGCAAUGUAAACAUUUUGACAAUAAUAUUGAAACCCCUAAAGAGUAUGAUUUGUAUGAAGAUAGUGAUGGUCUUGGUGUUGAUAAACCAAGCACAAACGAACUAUUUCCUGAAGUGGCCAUAUUAAAUGAUUUAGACAAAUCUACAAGUCCAACACUCUGCCUAUUACAAGCAUCUACAUCGAAGUCAAAUGAUACUAGUCCUUUGCAAGCUAGGCGUAAAUCAGUUUUGUCUCACACAACUACCACUACAGUUAUUCCAGCUGGUGGGGAACUGACAACUGUUGCUUGUAAGAAAAACAAAACAAAAGUAUCAUUUUUAAAACAAGCUUUGUAUAAUGAAAUGAAUCAAGACUCUAACGAUAGCGAGACAAAACCGUUUAUAAAUGGCAUCAAGACUGUUUUAGAUUCAAUUGAACAAAUUGAUUCAUGUCCAGAAUCACCAUCAAAUACAACUGCCAUGGAUUCAGAAACAUGUAUGUCGGAAGACAGUACUUCAACAAUUAGCAGUGGCACACCACAUUAUAACUUUCGCAAAAGUAAACGCAAAAAUGUUGAAGAAGAUGGAUUUAUUGAAUCCCAAGUAAUAAAACGAAUGUAUAGAGGUCGCACAUCAGAAGAAAAUGAAGAAAAAUCUGAAUUCCCUAAACUGAGUAACAUUAAGACCCAGACGCCUGAACAAAAGCCAAUAGUUGAAAAAAAAGAAUGUAACAAUAGAAGAAUAUCGAGUCGUCUAAAAAACAAUAAUGUCAAGAAUAAUCAGCAAGUAUCAAGCAAAUCUCCACAGUUAGAUAUUCCACCUUAUAAGCUAACAUCAACACGAGCGUCCCUCAGGAGAGUUUCUAGAAAAACUACUUGAUUAAUUUCAGACAUUAAGUAUUCCAACACGUUAUUUAUUAAAUUUUACUUAAGUUACCAUUACUAAUGCUGGAUGAUUAUCUAGCUCAAAAACCAGAAAAUAUGUAGUCGUUAAUUUAUAAGAUUAUAUAUUUAUGUAUAUAUAUAUAUACAUAAAAAAAAUCAAAAUUGUACAAUGUCAUGAGUAAUGCCAUUAUUUACAUUCAGUUUAGUUAUGCUUGUUACUAAAAAUUAUCUUAUCCAUUUUUACCAUUUUUAAAUUGUUUUUGAAACCAAAUUAUAUAUUUGUUUUUUUUUUUAAAAAAAAGGUGUUGAAAAUGUAUUUAUUACUAUACUUUUUUUUUCUGUUAUUUUUAUCUUUGAAUUUAGUUGAUACAUUCUACCUUGUUUAAUUCAACUACUUAUAUCAUUUAUUGAAUAUCCAAUUAAAUAUUUAAAAAAAUCAUUUUGCAUGAUAAAAUAAAUAUUUUGCUAUCAUAAAAUAAUUUGUGAUGAGUAGCAUUGUACAUAUACAUUAAUAAUUUAGUAUUGUAUAUGAUAUAUAUUUUUUAAAUACAAGUCUUAUGUUUAUCUUGUUUAAUUGUGUAAUAAAAAGUAUAAAAAAUAUUUUAAAUGUACCAUCAUAAAUUAUUCAUUAAAUAUUUUAAUUUAAUCUAUAAUUGUAUGGUUGCAAUUUAAUUUAUAAUUUUUAUUAUAAAACAAUAGGAGAUAAUUAGAUUUGUUUUUCGUAAAUUGUGUCAUGUAAAUAAGUAAAGGGGUAUAAGGAAAAUUGAAUCUAUAUAAUUUUAAUUACCAUUAAGAUACAGAUACAUUUUAGUUACAUAUGAAUAAUAUUCAUAUUUCAAUAAAUAAAAUAAAAUAAAUUCAUCAAAAUACAAUUGUACUAAUUCACAGUAGAAAUUCAUGAUUUUUUUAUUUAUUACGAAGAAUUUAAACAAAUAUUUUAUGAUUAAUAAAGCUUUUAAAAUUAAACAUUAAAUUAAUUGAAAAAAUUUGGUUUCAAAAUGUUCUUGCUUGUACCUACCCCUUUGCUUCUAUGUUAAUAUAUUUUUUUUAAUUUAAAUAUAAUGUACUAUGUAUUAUUCAUACUUUUUAAACAGCAAACUUAUAGUAGCAUGUGGUUCAAAUUUAUUUUACAGUUAGCACAGGUAUUAAAAAAUUAGUUUGUAUUCAUUUUUUUAUUAAUAUUACUUUCAACUAAAUUAUUAAAUUGUAUGUAUAAAUUAUAUUGUAUAUAUCCUUUUUCCCGGUUUUGCGUGUAAUUUGACUUAUUGUGAUUUGAAUAGAUGUUUUAAUAAGGAAACAAUUAUCAUAUUUUGUUUUAUUAUAUAUUCUCUGGUGAAUUUAUUUCGUUAUCCUAUUAAAAUAAUUAUAAUAUAUAAUAUUUUCAAUGAGGUUAGAGACAUUUGUAUUUGCAUCAACAUUUAAAAAGUAUGAUGAAAUGUAUAAUUUAUUUGUACAAAUACAUUUGCUUCCCAGAUAAUGUACUUAAAUUGUUAUCAUAACCAUGUACAAAUAUUUGUUAUAUUUAUAACAAAUAAAUAUUAUAUACUAUUCAGAUAAAAAUUCAGUCAAAUAUGUUGUUCAGUAAAUAUAUAUUUUUUUUUUCUAGAACACAAUAAACGAUGAGUUAUUUUCGAUAAUGUAUAUAGGAUUAGUAAUAUAAGGCGUUAAACUUUAUAAUUAACUUAAACAUUGUUUUGUUUAAUUUGUAAAUCUGUUUGUAAAGAUUACAAUAGUGUACUAUUAUAAUAGAUAAUUGUUUUUGUUUAUUAUUUAUUUAUAUAUUAUGCUAUUUUGUUUUUGAAAAUUACCAAAGAAAUUGAAUACAUGAAAAUGUUUAUUGAAAAGUUAAAAAUUAAGUAACCAAUUGUAUAAAUAUAAUUUAAAAUGCAACAUUUUGAGAAAAUAAUGUAUUGUUCAUGAAAAAGACUUAAUGUAUUUGUAAUGUAAAUUAUAAUUAUUUAAAGAAGAAUCCCUCGUCUUUCCAAUAUGUAUUGUUAUUUUAUUAAUUGAAUUUGUAUAAAAUCUUAAGUAAAACAAAAUGUUGAACUACAUAAAUUUAAAACUAAAAUAAUUCUUUAUGUUAUUAAUUUGUAAUUGAACGAUUUCAACACUUAAUUAUAUAAUUUAAUUUGCUCUUACACAAAAUUUCCAUUAGUAGCUUUAUUUUAUAUUCAUUUUAUUUAUUCAUACCUGAGUAUUUUCAUUGAAUAGAAUGACAUUGUUUAAUUUUAAUUUAAUUUUAAUUUUCACUGUUAAUAUGAUAAUCUGUAGUGAGAUUUUGUUUUAAUUAAUUUUAUUUUUUACCCACAUCCCAUUUUAUAUUGUAUUAAAAUCAAUUGUUUUAUAAGUUAAUCAUUAAUAACACUAAACUAAUGUUAUUUCAUUCUAAAUAAAAAAAAAUGACUUAGGGAUUUUUACAUAUUAUUAAAAAUAUAAAUCUUAUUUGCUUCAGUAGAUAAGUAAUGUGAUAGUUUUAAGGAUUUAUCGACUGCUGUUCAUGUUAAACACAAGCUGAUUUUGAUUUAGUUUACUUUGUCUUUGAUUUUAAUACACUAAAUUUGAUUUUGAAAAUUU